CUUGGAAAGCUCUGCAUAUAUUGACGUGGAGUCUCAUCCUCACUGGUGAGACCGCUGUGAACUCGUGCUGGUCGUCAACGGGUUCUUCGGCGCCGGAUUUCCCGCGGCAGGAGUAGUCAGACCCACAAGGCGCUACCGCAUAUCAUUCAGGCCUCUCUGAGAUAUGUCUAGAUACGAACUUGCAACGCUCAAACAGUUCCAGUUCGAGCGGGUCCUCAAUGAAGACCCCAUCACGCACGCGUUGACGCUCCUCGGAAAGCUCCCUGUUCAAGGAACAUCUGAGUAUGCAGACGCAGUUGUGCGGAUUGAGAAAACGGCUCUACAAGCAGACUCCGCCGAGCACAUCCUCACCCGGUCGCUCGAGAGCUCGCAGCUCAUCGAGGGCACCGAUAUCUACACAUGGCUGUUCGGAUGGCUUGCGAGCUCCUCAGACAGCCCAGAUGUGAAGAUCAACAUCGUCCAUCCGGCGACAGAGGUACACAUACGGAAGUAUUCCAGACAAGAGGUUGCCAUCGUACACGAAACACCCGCUCUGUAUGAUCGCAUUGUCAGACCAUACAUCGCUGCAUUUCCUCCAUCUCGUACGCAAUGGGUUGAGAACAUCCUCAACGGGACGUCCGAAGUCGAAAAGGUCCUCUAUCGCGAUCCGUCUCCAGAACACGGCUACCUCGUCUUACCAGACAUGAAGUGGGACCUCAUCACUCUCAGCUCCCUCUACCUCGUCGCGAUCGCCUUCAACAGGAGCAUCCGAAGCUUGCGCGACCUCACCAAGAGCCACCUCCCAAUGCUCAAGAGCAUUCGCCGGGAAAUCGCGAGAGUGGUCAAAGACCGCUGGGGUCUCGGCCAGGGAUCGCUGCGGAUGUUCAUCCAUUACCAGCCGUCGUAUUACCAUUUCCAUGUUCAUAUCGUCAACGCGAACCAUUAUGGACUACCAGGGAUGUCAGCGGGGCAAGCGCAUCUCCUAGACGACAUGAUUUCCCUGUUGGAAUGCGAUCCCGAUGAUGGUCCAUCCAUCCUACAGAGAAUGACUUUCACUUACGCACUAGGGGAACAGCAUGGCCUGUACGAACCCAUGAAGGCGGCUCAACAAGAACUGGGAUACUAUUGAACGUCGGACCUUGUGCAUACUCCAAUGUGGACUCCGCCGGGUGAUAAUAGACCAAGAAAGGAUGUAGACAUUGUCAUAUAUGUAUCAUAGUAUGGGACACGACUCGAUCGCGUCCUCAGAGCAUUACAUCGCAUACGACAAGAAAUAUGACAAACAACGCAGCACGCUGUACAUGCGUGUCUCGCGGAGAGUGGUAUGCAAAGGUGUCUGUAGAGAUAUAACAUAUCGCCAUGAGAUCAGCUAUUUCGGUAGAGGGAAUCAUAAACAUCGUCGUGCAUCUCGAGUUCAGGGCUUCCAACCGGGCUUUCCGUCCUGCUGCCCCCGGCCACGACUCCCAGUCGCAGCAGCCCAUUCACCGACACUUCUUACCCUCCUCAGCCGCGCAGCUUCCUCCUGUUUCUCCCUUGCCUGCAUCUUCUGCAAAUCCUCGAAGCCUUUCACCAGAUCCUUCACGCUCCCACUACUGCUCCGUCGGUCGCUCAAGCUUAUCUUGCUUGUCGACGACGCUGGGCGAGGCUCCGGGGGCGGCGCAGGGUGCAGCUCGACGAGACGCUUUGGCUGCUGCUUCGUCGGGCGCGGGAUCUUCGAGGGUGGGAGGGGGGCAUGGUGGAGAUUGACGAGGUCCUUGGGCGGGACAGGCUUAGGCGCGGGCUUCGAGACAGGCGUCGCUACGCUGCGCGGCUUCUGGAACACUUCGGGUGGUGGGAUGGGCAGACCAGGAUGUGCAGGAGCAGCAGGCUUCUUAAAUCGGUUGGACUUGGUGGCUUUGGGCAAGUAGGAGAAGAGGAAUCCCUUCAUCCGUGAGGUGAUGGAACGAGGUGUUGGGAGCGGCGGUGGAGGCAUAGACAUAGAAACAUCUUCUAUGUUCAUAGGGGCCUCUGACUCUGAGCGCAUAGCAGUGGCGGGCGACUGAGGCGGCAGUGAGAUCUCGCGGGUCUCCGCGACAGGAACCGAGGCGCUUCGGUACUCGACGGGUUGAGCCGUUGACGCGGUAGGUGUCCUAAACUCGUUCUUCGAGAUCGCAACUGCCUCGUCUAGGAGGUGCGAGUAGCGGGGUGCGAGCAGCGAAGCAGGAACCGCAGGCUUACUGCUUCCCGUGCUGCUCGUAGACGCCCACCUCUGAAGACCGGGCUGCACAGAGGACUGUCGACUCGGCAGAGGGGUGAAGUCGGGCACCUCAGAAAGCGCGACUGACCCAAAUCUGCCGCUAGGUGUGGGAGGUGCACCCUUGCCUGCACGCUGCUUCUUCUGCAGUGCAAGUGUCCGGCGCAACAGGUCAUCUCUCGUCCAACCGGGCCAACAUUCCUCAACAGGGACACCGCCAGUGUACUCCAAGAACCGAUUCACGACCUUGUCCAAGUCGACGACAUCCACAGACGCAAGCGUUGCUUCGCCCAAACGCUUAUGCGACCCGAGCGAGAGCCGCUCGUCCGUAAAGCACGCGUCCAGCAGCUUCCAGUCGUCCUUCUCCCAAGCCCGAGGUCCCGACGCGUUGAAGGUCGGCCUCGCAUACACCUUCUGUCUCGGCUCUGGGGUCUCGAACACCGGCCUGUCCAGGGGAAGCGGGAACUUGAACGACGCGCUUUCUCCGGCGCUGAUGAACGAUGCGUCCCGCGAGGGCGUGUGGAACAUGCUGCGCUCGCGUUGCUCCACUGUCUGCUCCGCCUGCUGGAGGAGCUCUGGGACGGUCAUCAUCGGGCUGCCAGGGAUGAUGACCUUGUCGCCGAUGAUGCCGCCGAGGGUGCGUCGCCGCUGGACGGGGGUCCCGUGCUUGGCAAUGCCGCCUUCGAGGGUAGAUCGACGACGAGCUUUGCGCAAGGCGCUGUCGACACCAGAGUAGCGGCGCUUGCGGGAGGGGUCACGGAUGAUGAAGUCGUAGUCGUGCAUCUUCAGAAUAGCGGCUGCCCGAGCAGCGACCCGAGGGUCGUCACUGGUGAUCUUGACGACACCUUCGUCCAGCUCCUCGCUCUCGUCGGCGCUAUCGUCGUCGAUGUCCGUCGCAACCUGCUCCGCGGGUUGGUCCUCCUCCAUCAGGUCUUCCUCAGCCUCGUCGUCUAGCGGGCGCGUACUUACACCUUCCCCUUCUUGUGGUUCACGUACAACGACAGGCACGAGCGUAGCAAAGGCUGCAUCAAUAGACAGCAUCGGCGACGCAUAUCCCGCUUGCGAUCCCUGCACCGACGGGGACUUCCGCCUCCUCAGCGGAGAGGUGAUGGACAAGAAGCCCUUCGGUCGCGCUGUCUGCUCGUUCGGCGAGAUAGAACGCGCCGGAGUAAACGUUGCACGUGGAGGGGUGGGUAUGGUUGGGGGCUUGGGACGGGUAUCACGCUCCUCCUCGUACUCAUCGUCGCUGAACUGCCCCGGCUCGCGGGAGAGCUCACGGUCGACCGUUUCCUCGUCGCUCGAGUCGGAAUCGUGCGCUGCCUCGCGUUCGGGCUCCUGUGCGGAAGCGCGGGCUUGGUCAUCCUCGGGGUCGUGGAUGACGGACUCGUAGGAGAAGUCGGCGUCGACAUGCGGCUGUGGGGCUCCCUGCGAGUCGUCCCCGUCUUCGAGCUCCAUCGAGACCUCUUCUUCAGGGGAACCUCGCGGUGCUACGAACCGGACGUGGUGCUCAUGCCCGUACUCCUCUCCUUGGACGUCGACGAUAGGGAGCGGAGAAGGCGAUUUCUCGCGCGGCCCCUCCCGGAAGGUAUCCUGCUGCUCAUGCGAGGUAUGAAGAACGUCCGGCACAUCCACCGACAGGUCCACCUCCAGCCCAGCAAGCCCAUCAAUCGUGUCCCUCGAACUGCCCUCUUCAAACUCCUCCCUCACAGUCACAUCCACGCGAACGUCGGCGCUCGCGGGCGUAUUCAAGAAAAACACGUCAUCCUCGUCCAAGCUCUCGCUCUGCGCCCCGUCCUCUCCGUCCGGCACAGCCUUCAGCGGAGGCGAGCUCGAGCUCGGCAAGCUCCUCCUUUUCCCCCCAGAGCCAGGGAACGGGCUGCUCGGGUUCCCCCACGCGUCCUGGCGCGAGCGCGUGCAGCUGCUCGGCGGGUCCGCCUUGGUGGGUACCGUCAGCACCUUGAACCGCCCCGUGUACUCGCCCGUCUGGUCAAAGUCGUCCGAGUCGGACCCAGAGUCGACGUCGUCCCACGCCCCAGGGUCCUCUUGCGGGUUCGUGAGGUCGAAGAUGGGCGGGGCACCCGCGAAGGAGUCGUCGUCGUCGUCGUCAUAGUCGUCGCCGUUCUGCACGCCGAAGUCCAGGCUCGAGUUUAAAUCGGGCAGGCGCCCGACCCUCGUCUCAGGUGGACUCGCGGAGGAAGACGCGAUGGAGGGAGUCUCGCGCGCAUGCGUCGAGGCCGGGGUCCCGAGGGCCUCAGGGGCAUUCGUGCUCGCGGGCUGCUGCGUCUGUAGCUUCGACGGCCUCGGCCUCGAUUUCGGGUGCCCGGGCAAGCCCUUGAGCAGGAGCGGGUCGUCGCUGGGCGACGGAGGCGGA